AACAUUUCUAGAUCUGCGGGGCUUUUCUCGCUAUCAAAAACCAAACCUUCAAAGCCAAAUCAGCAUUGACGAAUUGAUAAAAAUGCAGUUGAAAAGUAUUAAGCAGCUGGAGCUUCCGGCUACGGCAGACAUGCAUGUUCAUCUGCGCCAGGGUGAAUUGAUGGAGUUAAUGGUACCUACUGUACGCCAAGGUGGGGUGGACACCGCGUUCGUCAUGCCCAAUCUUGUGCCUCCCCUUACCACUGUUGAACAGGUGCUCGACUACCAAUCUAAACUACGCGCAAUCGCCAAAGAUGUCAACUUUUUAAUGUCACUUUUCCUUCACCCGUCUGUUACCCCAGAUGUCAUUGCGCAAGCUGCCGCGGCUGGCAUUACAGGUGUGAAGAUGUAUCCGCAAGGGGUGACCACUAACUCCGACUCUGGCGUCUCAAACCUUGAGUCCUUCUACGAUACCUUCGCUGCCAUGGAGAAGCACGGGCUGGUGCUAAACCUGCAUGGAGAGGUCCUCGAGUCUCUCGCGCCAAAAGACACAACAUUAGAAGAAGCAUUUCUUCCAACUCUUAAGACGCUCCAUGAGCGGUUCCCAAAACUGCGCAUCGUGCUCGAGCACUGCACUACUGCAGCAGCCGUAGAAGCCGUGCGAGCUUGCGGACCUACCGUCGGUGCGACGAUCACCGCUCACCACCUGUACCUUACUUCCGACGACGCCUGCUGCGACCCCUUUGCCUUCUGCAAGCCGAUCCCAAAGAAGCCAACAGAUAGAGAUGCGCUGGUUAAGACUGUAGUCAGCGGUGAUCCGAAGUUCUUCUUCGACAGCGCUCCCCAUCCCCUCCAAUCCAAGACUUCGGCUGCGCAGGGCAAAGCGCCGGCGGGUGUAUACACGCAGCCCUUUGUGACGCAGCUAGUCAUAGUAGCACUCGAAGAGGCGAUUGAGCGAGGGGUGAUCACGGAAGAAGACGUGACUCAGGAGAAGUUAGAAGGCUUCUUGAGCAAAUUCGGACGGCGAUUCUAUCAGCUACCUGAAGCUUCGGGUAAGAUCGUAUUGGAGAGGAAAGGGGAGAAGAUCCCUACAAGUAUACGUAGUGAGGAUGGGAGUAUUGAAGUCGGUAUUUCUAAGGCGGGGACGGAUGUGUUUAGUUUGAGAUGGGUAAAGUGAUAUGGACUGGAGCCGAUAUGUAGCCAAUAGAGUAAGAAUCUAAAAACACUUCCGGAAGUGAAUAAAUAAAUUCGUACAAAUUUAAAGAUAUCCCUUUGGCUGCCCGCAAAUUGUUUUAUACAGGGAUUAGAGGUAAUUCACACGUGCUGCCA